AUGUCCACCACCGUAACCGCAACGAAGACAUCGUCGGCGGAAACCUUGCAAACGUUCACCAUCAAGCCAACGCCUCUGUGGCAACCUUUGCCAAUCGAAGGAGACAUCCCAGCGCCAUACACGACCAACAGCGGCCUAGAAGUCGUGCCGCUGCAUCCAACGUUUGCUUGCGAGCUGCGAGGCGUCGACUGGAGCAAGUCGAUUUCCCAAGAGGCCUACGAUGAGAUCCGCCAAAUUGCCGACCAGUAUGGUGUUGUGGCAUGCCGUAACACUGGUCUGACUGAUGAGGCUCAUAUCGAGUUCUCGCGCAAUUUUGGCGACCUUGAUGAUGUUCGACCAUAUAUCGAUGCUGGUCGCAAGCACCGUCUGGCGUACCCGGAGUUGUUUGACGCUGGCAACAUUGAUCCCGAGACUGGAAAUGCUGCACCGUUAUCUGCUGCACAGGUCAUUGGCAACAAGGCAAACGAGCAGUUCCAUGUUGAUUCGUCGUUCAAUGCGAGACGAGCAGGCCACUCCCUACUACUUGCUCAUGUCAUACCUCCGAAGGGUAUGGGCGGUGCUACUGAGUUUGCGGACUCGAGAACAGCAUACGAUGAUCUGUCUGAGGAGAUGAAGCAAGAGCUCGAGACUCUGGUGACCAACCACUCACUAUUCCAUUCGAGGAAGAAGGCUGUACCGGACUAUUUCAAGGACACAGACCCUUCUAAGCUGCCACUCAGCAAGCACAGGCUGAUUCAGGACCAUGAAUGGAGUAGCCGGAAGAACCUGUACAUCGCAUCGUAUGUUUACAGCAUCGAUGGCAUGGAUACCGUGCAAGGCACAGGGCUGAUCAACGACCUCAUCGAACAUGUCUCGAAGCCCAAAUAUCGGACAACGAUACCGUGGGAGCAAAACGGCGAUAUGAUCAUCUGGGACAACACCAGCGUCUUGCACCGAGCCACUGGAGGGACAUAUGAAGGCAAAUAUCCUCGUGACAUGCGACGAACAACUGUAAAGGACAUGUCGUCCUACAAGUUCGGUCUGAAUGAUCCUAGCAAUGAGUGGCGUGUGGGUUUGCCGUAG